AUGUCAUUCGAAACGACCGCCACGAUCGCCUCCUUCGGGGGCAAGCUGCUCAAGCUCAAGCACAAGUCGUCGAGCACGAACACCGACAUGGCACUCAACCUCUACCUCCCUCCUCAAGCUCUCAAGUCGGGCGCGAAGGUUCCUGUGCUGUUCUACCUUUCAGGCUUGACUUGUACGGGCGACAAUUGCUCGGAGAAGGGUUUCUUCCAGCACGGUGCAAGCGAAAAGGGCCUCGCUGUAGUGUAUCCGGACACUAGCCCAAGGGGAUUGCAAAUCCAAGGCGAAGACGACGCUUACGACUUCGGCUCCGGAGCUGGUUUCUACGUUGACGCGACCAAAGAGCCGUGGACGAAGGGCUACAACAUGUACACGUAUAUUACAAAGGAGCUCCCGGAAGCACUGUUCUCGUCAUUCAAGGAGCUUGACGGGAGCAGAGUCAGCAUCACGGGUCACAGCAUGGGCGGACAUGGUGCGCUGACACUUUUCCUGAAGAACCCCGGGAAGUACAAGUCCGUCUCCGCGUUCGCACCCAUCGCCAACCCGAGCAACUGCCCGUGGGGCCAGAAGGCGUUCAAAGGAUACUUCGGCGAGGACCAGCAGCAGAAGUGGAAGGAACACGAUGCGACGGAGCUCGUGAAGCAGUGGAAAGGUCCGCUAGAGAUGCUCAUUGACGUGGGCACCGGAGACAACUUCUACAAGCAAGGCCAACUCCUUCCAGAGAACUUCAUGAAGGCGGCUAAGGAGGCUGGAAAUGACAAGGGCAUCAACCUCCGCAUGCAGCCGGACUAUGACCACAGCUACUACUUCAUGGCCAGCUUUGCGGACGAGCACGUUGCAUGGGCAGCGAAGCACUUGGGCGCGUAG